CUUGUCUUAGUUCUUUAAGUCCGUCGUUGGCCGGGCUCCUCUUCAGUUCGUGCUGACCAUCGUACCCGUGCGGACGUUCCAAGCUCAGAGACCCGAUCCGAUCCAGACGUUUCUCGUGUAGUGUGGCUGCACUUUGCACUAUUUGGCUCUACCAAAAACACCCCAAAACAGCAAAAGCCAAGCAAAACAUUUUGAAAUUUUCAAUGAAAAUCUGAAAAAAAGAUCAAGUUACGCGGCGCGAGUGCAAAUCAAAACGCAAAAAAAAAUAAAAAAAAAAUAAAGAGAAAAAAGGAAAACCAUAUAUUAACGACUGCAACGAGGAGUACCAGUAAAAACCUCAACAGAUCUCAACGGAAAGCCACACACAGAAACAAAAAGAGAGUCUUCUUUGGCCUGCAACUGCAACAGAUCCCCGAGGCAGCAGCGCUUCUCUGGGAGCUUCAAGAAGCGGCACAAUGACAGCGACUGCGACUGCGACUGCGACAGCAGCGUCCGCGUCAGCAUCGGCAGCGGCGAGAAAGCAACCUGCAACAAUCGCAAUGCUCAAUGGAAACGCUUUUACGGUUAAGCGGCUCUUAGCGCUGCUCAUCAUCUUCACAGUGCUGCACAGGAGUGAGGCCCUGGAGCUCGGAGACAAGUGCCAGCAUGAUAUGGACUGUACAGAUUUCAUCAAGGGCUCCAGCUGCUCGGCCCUGGGCUACUGCGAGUGUGCGCCAUAUUUCGUUCAACUGAAUUCCAAGCGCUGUUUGUCAUCCCAACUCUUAGGCGGCGACUGCCAGCUGAGCGAGCAGUGCUCGAUGAAGGUGGCCAACAGCAGCUGCCUGGAUGGGGCAUGCCGCUGCGUCGAGGGAUUCUUGCAGUUCCGCAAGCACACCUGUCUGGGACCUGCCCACCCCGGCGCCGUCUGCUACAGCCACGCCCACUGCCAAAUGUUCGACACUCGCACCCACUGCGACUUCCUGAUCCCCAAUCUGUUCGGACGCUGCCAGUGCACGGCUCCCGCCAAGAUGGUCGGCGGUCUCUGCCUGGCCCCAGCCGCCGAUGAUGAAGCGGAAGAGAAGCCCGUCGAGAAGGUGGAGAAGGUGGAGAAGGUGACAUCCACAACAACUUCCACAACCACCACCCCAGAGCCCACAACCAGGAGAACCACUACUACCACAACGACAACUCCGGCACCCACCACCACAACGACCACAACUGCUGCUCCAAUCUUGCUGGAGGAUGAGCUGCCAGCCAGCGUGGAGGAGCAGACCCUGGAGGAAGACGAUGGCGAGGCCGCCAAACUGAGGCCAGAGAUCUCCGAGCUGGACAAUGGCGAAAAGCUGGAGGCCAUAGACAUGGCCCACGAGGAGACAGAGCUCACCCAGCAGCAGGAGCAGCAGGAUGCGGAAAAGGAACAGCAAGAAGCUGCUGCUGCUGCUGCGGCAGCAUCGCAUGGCACAGCUGAAGAUGGUGCGACAACUGGAGUCCAACAGCUGCUGACACCCGCCGAUGUGCCCACCGAGAAUGGCGUCGGUGUGGAGCAGGAGACGGAAGGCGGCCCCACCGAGGACUAUCCCUACAAGAUCGAUGAGGAGUAUACAGAGGAGCACGAAAGCAGGCCCGAUCUGGUGGGAGAACAGCCCGAACACCAAUACGAGGCAUCAGCACCCGCACCCGAACCCAUUAAAGCCGACGAGGAUGCUGUGGAGGCCUCGGGGGCUGAAGAGAUUGCCUCAUCGCCCGUCGACGAUACCAUGAAAUUCGAUUACGAAACGCCCGUCGAGGAGGCGGAGAUGGAGGCUGACAAAGAGGUGGAGUCGCAACCACAGACAGUAGACCAUCAUGAUGUUGAUGAGGUGGUGCCCAUUGAGGCCGAGAGCGAGACUGAUGCGGAGGCAACCACUCAGCCACAGACGCAGACACAGACCCAGACCCAGACCCAGACCCAGACGCUGCUGCAGGAUGAAGACGACCAGGAGUCAGUCCAGACAGUGGCUGACGAGGAAUUGAUACCCGUGAAUGGAGCUGUAGCUAGCGGAGCAGAAAUUGAAAGUGUGACGAAGGUGACAGAAGAAGAGGUACCUGAAGAGGAGGAGGAGGAGGAGGAUGAUCAAGCUUCGGGGGAUCAUGAGAUGGAGACGCCAGACACCACGGCAGUGCCUAAUGAUGAGGUCCCACCCAAGCAGAUGGACGAUCAGCAGGAGAAGGAGGAGCCAACAGAAGCGCUGAAGAUCGAAGUGCCGGCAAAGGUGGAACCAGAGAGUGAAAGCCAAAACGAAGCGGAAAAGGAACAGCCUGAGGAGGAGGAGGAAGAGGUGGAGAAGCCAGAGACACAAACCGAAGCCGCAGAAAUGGAGCCAGCAACAGAAGCUGAACCAGAACCAGAGCAGCAACCAGAGGAGGAGCCAGAGCCAAAGCCAUUGGCAGAGAUGGAGCCAGAGACGGAGACGGAGACGGAGACUGAAAUCGAUCAACCAGAACAAAGCGCCGACAUCAAGCCGACAAGUGGCGAAGAUGAUUUAAAUGAAGCCAAUCAAUUAAAUCAAGAUCAAGACCAAAAGCCACAGGCACAGGUACAGCCAGAGAUUGCGAUCGAGGCUGAGAAGGAGGAGGAGAAUGUGGAAGAGAAAGAGCCAGAACCAGAGGCAGACGCAGAGGCAGACCAAGAGCCCGAGCCAGUGGAAGAGAUGCAGAUCCAUCAAGAUGCAGAUGAAGCCACAACAGAGCCACAAGAAAUCAAAGUGAAACCAGUCGAAGAGGAGAAGCAACAGCCAGAGGAAGACACUGAAACGGAGACGGAGGCGGAGACGGAGACGGAGACGGUGGCAAUCACCGAAGCAGAGCACGAACAAUUGACAUACCCAACAAAUGAUGAUGAAUUGGCGCCAGCCGAGUCCCAGCCAGAGGAAGAGCCAGCGCAAGAGCAGGAGCAGCAGACCACAGAGGCGGCACCCCGUGAACCAGAAAUUUCUAAUGUCCAAGAGGAGAUCGCCACAGAGCUGCCUGAACAGCAGCAGGUGGAGCAAGAGGCAGAGGUGGAGGCAGAGGCAGAGGCAGAGGCAGAGGCAGAGGAGGAGAUCGUGGAGGAAAAUGCAAAUGCAAUUAAAACGCCUGAAGUGUCGGAAGAAGUUGCAGAGCCCGAGGCACAGGCAGAGCAGAGCCCAGAAGAGCUGCAAACCGAAUCAGUGACAGAGAAGGACGCAGAAGUAAAGCCAGAGGCCGUUGCUAAUGAUGAGGUGUCGCAGGUGGAUGUGAAUCAAGAUGUAGCACAGCUGCCAAUUAAGACACCCGAAGAUAUUGAGCCGGAAGCCAGCGAAGCUCUGACAGAGAUCACUCCAUCAUCGGAUCUGGAAACCGAAGUCCAAGACGAAACUGACACCGAACGCAGUGAAAGUGCAGAGGAGCAGCCGGAAAGCCAGAAAGAUGAAACGGAAACCAUCAAAAACGAAAAUGAUAACAUCAUCCAAGGAGCCGAACCGAAUGUCGAUCAAGAAACUAUUCCAGAGCCCGAACUCGAACCAGCGGCACAGUCAGAGCCACAGCAUGUUGUCCCCGAAGAAGAGGAAGAGCUGAUCAAGCCAGAGAUGGACUACACCAGCAUGGAGCACCUCCAAGAGCUGCCCAAGCAGGAGGACGAGCCCAAGCCAGUUGUCAUUGAAGAGGCGGAUUACACCCAAGCGGAGACGGAGACAGAAACAGAGACAGAGCCAGAGACAACUCCCGCACAGGUGGCAUCCAACGACGAUGAUAAUGAAGACACCGCCGAGUCCACUGUGGCCCCUCAGAUCAGUGUGGAGCCCAGUGCGAUUGUGAGCGAGGAACAGGACCAGGAACAAGAUCUGGAGAAGUUCCAUGAGAGCGAGAGCAUUGCCGACAUCCUCAGCGACCUGAUGCUGGAGGGAGACAGCACCGUUCCUCCAGUGCCCUUCGGCCAGCAGCCCGCCCAGACCGUGCCAAUGGUAGAGGCCAACGAGGAUAACGAGGAUAACGAGGAGGCCCAAGCGGAAGAGGCUAUUCCCGAUCUCGUGGCAGAGGCCGAUGAAACACACGAUCAGGUGCAUGUCGAGCAGGUCCAGGCUCCAGAUCAGACAGAGGAGCAAGUUCCCACCAUUCCAGAUCUCUUUGCGGAGGCAGCAAAUGAUGAAGAGCAGGAGGAGGAUCAGGCCACACCCAUUCCCGAACAGGCAGCAGCGGAAGAGGAGCCCCAGCAGGAAUCCACCACGGAUGCCAAGGUGCAAGCGGAUGAAGAGAAGCUGAUUACCUUCUAUCCAGAGGAACAGCAGGAGACCGAAUCGAUUCCAGAGGAAGCCACCACCGUUAAGGAACCCCAGACACAGGAGCAGCACGAGCAGCAGCAGCAGCAGCAGCAGCAGGAGGAAGAGGAGCACACCUUGUCUCCCGAGGAGCUCCCCUUCGACCUCAGCGAUCACUCUCAGCCCAUUCGCAUCAACGAGCUCGAGUCGGACAACCUGAUUGUAGAGUCCACCACCGUCACCGAUGGCAUCCAUGAGCUGGACAGCAACCACAUCGAAGAGGAGCCUGCCUCCCAUCCCAUCGCCCAUGAGGAGGCUACGCCCAAUCCCGCCGACAUCGUGGAGAUCACCACCCAGACGAUGCUGGGCCUGGCUAGCCGUGUGACCCUAAUGGAGCCCGCUGCCCCCGUGGCUACCACCCUGAUGCCCCUGAUGCCCUCAGAUGAGCCCACACCCGAGCCAGUGGUGCCGGCCUUCUCUUCGUCCCUGCUCAAACCUGGAUCGGAGCUGCGCAAGCGCGUGGAUCUCGGCCUGGAGGCCAUCUCCCUGGGCCUGCCCUGCAGCAGCGAUCGUCAGUGCCAGCUCUCGGAUCCCCACACGGUGUGCAAUGGACGGGGAGUCUGCGACUGUGCCGGUAGCAGCGAGAACGGAGGCCAGUGCAGUGCCCAGAGGACAGGAUGCAGUCCGGGAACAUUCCAGUGCCGCUCCAGUGGCGUCUGCAUCUCCUGGUUCUUUGUGUGCGACGGACGCGCCGACUGCAACGAUGACUCCGACGAGGAGUGCACCCACAAUGCCCGCCUGAACCAGACCUGUCCCACGGAGUCGUUCCGCUGCCAGCGCAGCGGUCGCUGCAUCUCCCGCGCCGCCCUCUGCGACGGACGCAAGCAGUGUCCCCACGGCGAGGAUGAGCUGGGAUGCGACGGCAGUUUCAAGGGCGGCAACGCCUGUCCCGAGCACACGUUCCGCUGCAAGAGCGGCGAGUGCCUGCCGGAGUACGAGUACUGCAACGCCAUUGUGUCCUGCAAGGAUGGCAGCGACGAGCCGCCACAUCUGUGCGGCUCUCGGUCCGUGCCCAGCCUGUUCAUGCGUCUGAUCGAGGCGGGUGGGCUUCUGGGUGGUGGACGCCGCGAGGCGGACGCCUAUUGUCCGCAUCGUUGCAGCAACGGACUGUGCCGCUCUACGGCCAUUGUGUGCUCCGGACGCGAUGGAUGCGGGGAUGGCACCGACGAACAGACCUGUGCCGUGUGUCGUUGUCCUGCCCCAACUGCUGCCAGCCUGCCCGGAUAUCUGGCCCGGCAGCGCCCCAUGCCACUGUGGUAGGGGACAUAGGAUAGGGAUCCGAAACCAAUUAUCCAACACCGACUGCAACGUUUUGCCACACUAUUCUUCGAGCUUUCCAACACUAUCUGUCGCACAACCCCCGCAUAUUCGAGACGAUUUUUUGCCUAGCAUUUAAGUUGAUUUUUUAACAAAUUAUUUAUUUAUUUAUUAUGAUUUUAGCUGCGCCCUUGCCACGCCCAAUUGCCACCUUGCUAUCAAAGGGCUCCCCCCUUUGAGCCAGUGAUGUUUGUCAAUUGAGCCACUGGACGCAUCCCUAAAAGUCCCAUAUCCCCCCACACAAACACACACACAAACACCCAUUUCGAUUAUUUAUUCUACUCAUCCCGACCAUCGAACUAAUUUUUUUUGUACCUUCAUGCCCAAAAGGAACCACACUACUCUAUCACCCACACACGAACACACGAAAACACACAAACAACAAUCUUCAUUUAGUUUAGUUUUAUGGAAUUUUCUAAUCUAAUUUAUUUAAAUUAUUGGCCCGGCAAACCCAGAAACGGAAACGGAAACAGACACAGAAAAAAGGGAACUAAGCGAAAAUCCCCCAUUAAAUUGAUGCAUUUUUAUCGAUUAAUUUUUUGUAAAUAAGUAAACAAUUGUUCGAUGUACACGAUAAACGAUAAACGACAAUGACUAUGCAGAAACGUAGGGCAUACAAUCCCGGGCAGCAAACCAUCAGAUCAUAUCCCCUAUAUCUUAUUAUAUGUACUGUAUGUAUUGUAUGUAUUUAGGGUACGACCCGAUCACCGGGCGGCACUCACACAGAUUUUCUCAAAGUCAAGAAGCAUCACAAUAAAAUAAAUAAAGUCCAAUCCAUUGAAGCAGGCGAAAAAUGCAUCAAAAAAGAAAUGACAAUAAAGAGAAACAAAAUCUAUUUAAAAAAAAAAA